UGUUGAAGGCCUUCAGCUGUUCAAGGAGGCUUUUCCAGAUUUUUUUUCGAGCAGAAUCCUGACUCCUGUAUCGACCUAUUCUAAAUUCCCUGCUUAUUGACAAAUAUCCCAGUUCCAUCUGAAUAAAAAAAAAAUCAGCCUCAGAGCAUGAAGCUGCCACCUCAAUGCUGGUGAUAGGCAAUGUUGUGUUCUUUGAACAAUGCCCAAUGGUUCAACCUUGUAUUUAUUUCAUUUUUUCACGUCUGUAGGAGUCUUUAUAAAAAAAUUAAUAAUGUUGAUUUGGAAUAUAAAACAGAACGUGAAAUAACAGGGGGAAGACUAUACAAAAAAAUGACAGAAAACCCUGACGAUACACACUUUUUCCAUCGGGUGGCGGUAAUGUUCCUCAAUUGCGUUUAUUAUGCGCUAUCGGAGGAAGUAAGAGACAAUGACGAAAAAAAUAAGGCGAUGCUGCAACGAUGGAGACACUUUAGUCAUUUGAUCACGGAGACAAGUUAUGCCUGGUUCAGCCGUACAUGAAUUGAACCUUUCUUGCUGCAGAAAAUGAGAUGGCGGGAGGCACUACAACAAUGACUUUUGAUACGUACUUGGGGGAACUCGGUGGCGUUAUGAACGUAAGUUAAACUAAUUAGCCCGUUAAGUCAUCACAGCAUCGUUGUUAACUCAAAGCUAUCUUGGAAUUGCUUUUAUUGUUGCGUUGACAUGCUGUGUAUUAUGCAUCGUGCUAUAUCGUCAGCGGCUAACAGGAGCUAACGCAAAACAUCUGUUAACAAAAUGCGGAGCUCUCAGCACAGUUAAUUAUGUUAAUAUUAGUCAUUACUUUUCGAAAGCGUGUAAUUAGUUAUUUAUUGAUAAUGUUAGGUUUUGUAUUGUUUGUUUAUGUCCAAGUGUUGACUGAGCACGGAGGCGUCCAUCUUUAUUUUCCGAAGAGCCAAUCGUGAAGCUCUCGAAGCUGACGUCAUUUCAACGCAGAAGUUGUGUAAAAUAAGUUUUUUGGGGGGGGUGCUGGGGUGCGUAAUCGUUCAAUUGUGAUGGAUAGUUUGUUCAAAAUGCCACCCCAGAAGAGUUCUGUUCAUAAUAAGCCAAAGCGAACAAACAUAAUGAGGACCAUCGAAUUAAAAAAAGAACUUAUCGCCAAAUUUGAAAGCGGCACACGGGUGUCCGACCUGGCUAUUCAGUACAAUAUGGCCAAGUCCACCAUAUCCACCAUUUUGAAAAAGAAAGAAGCAAUCAAAGCUGCCGAUGUGGCAAAAGGAGUUAAAACGCUUACAAGCAGGAGGCAUUAUCGAAUGGAAGAUGUGGAGAAGCUUCUGCUUCAGUGGGUCACAGAGAGGCAGGCAAGGGGUGAAAAAGUGUCCGAGCCAAUUAUUUGUGAGCGUGCGAGGCAGCUGUACAGCGACCUGACUCGCCACAGCCCCGGGGACAGCGCAGAUGACUUCAAGGCGAGCAGGGGCUGGUUUGAAAACUUCAAAAAGAGAAGCGGGAUCCGCUACGUGGUCAGAAAGAGGGAAACUAUUCGCGCAGAUAAAGAAGGUGCCAAGAAAUUUGUUGAGGAAUUUCAGUCAUUUGUCGGGUGUGAAGGCUUUCUACCCCAGCAAGUGUUCAACUGUGAUGAGACAGGACUCUUUUGGAAGAAAAUGCCCAAGAGGACUUACAUCACACGGGAAGAGAAGAGCCUCCGAGGACACAAGCCCAUGAAAGACAGGCUGACUUUGCUGCUCUGUGCUAAUGCUACCGGGGACUGCAAAGUCAAACCUCUCCUUGUGUACCACUCGGAAACCCCGAGAGCCUUUAAAAAGAACAAUGUGCAGAAAAACAAGCUGAGCGUAAUGUGGAGGGCCAAUCCCAAAGUGCUUGUCACGCGACAGUUCUUCACCGAGUGGUUCCAGGAAGUGUUUGCUCCUAGCGUGGCGGAAUACCUGACAGAGAAGAAUCUUCCACUCAAGGCCCUUCUUGUCCUGGAUGCUGCGCUGGUUCAGCCGACGGGGUUGGGAGAAGACUGGCGCAGCGAGCACGACUUCAUCACGGUGAAGUUUUUGCCACCUAACACCACAGCUCUGCUCCAGCCCAUGGACCAGCAGCUCAUCUCCAACUUCAAGAAGCUCUACACCAAGGCGCUUUUCCAACGAUGCUUUGAAGUGACCAUGGAGACCAACCUUACUUUGAGAGAGUUUUGGAAGGACCACUUCAACAUCCUCCACUGCUUGACCAUCCUGGAGAAAGCCUGGGAGCAAGUCACCAGGAGGACGGUGCAGUUGUCCUGGAGGAAGCUGUGGCCUGCCUCCAUGGUGCCCAGGUUCUUUGAAGGCUUUGAGCCGGAUCCCACUCUGGAAACUGACGUGGUGGACGAGAUCGUGUCACUGGGCAAGUUCAUGGGCCUGGAGGUUGACAGCGACGACGUGGAGGAGCUGGUGGAAGAGCACACCCUGGUGCUCUCCAACAACCACCUACAGGACAUUCAACAGCAAGGCGUUCCCGGGGACACAUCUUCCGAGGAGGAAGACGCAAGCUGGAACGACAACAUUCCCACGGCGGAAAUCAAGGAGCUGCUGGGCUACUGGGCCAAGACGCAGAGUCUGGUGGCCAAGUGGCACCCGAGCGUCGCCGUGGUGAAGAGGAACAUCGCCCUGUUCGACGGCAACGUGGUGGAGCACUUCCGAGCCAUUCUGAAAAGUCGCAAGAGGCAAGCGGGUUUGGACAGCAUCUUCUGCAAGGAAGAAUCCAAUUAUGGGAGCGGCAGUAGUGUUAGUGAGCUUCAAGCUUCGAUUAGCGGAGUUAAGAGAACAAGGAAGGACUAUCCGCUGGAAGGCGACUUGGCUCAAGCCUUUACGGAAGAGGACGCACCUUCCAUGGAGUGACACUUCCCCCUUCAUCAUCAUCAUCUUCAUGUUUGUCACUUACAUGACUGUUAAGAAUAUAAUUAUGUCUAUCACAGAAA